AAACCAUCUUGUCUUCAUCACAGACUACAUACUAUUCUUCUUCUUCAUAUCACAUACUCGUCUUUAUCUGUGCUUCAUAUAUGCCAUUAAUUACCAAUAGUAUGUAGUCUGUGCCAUUCGGUUUAUCUCGUUUCGAUACAUAUCUAUGAUACACAUGUUUGGGUGAAUAGAUUACAAAGUGUUUUUGUUUUUGGCUCUCUUACAAGUGUUUUAAGUAAUAAUUCCACAAUGGGUUGUGAUGGUGGUACUAUUCCGCGUCGAGAUGAAUUGGUGAAAACGAAGAAAAAGCCCGAGCAAAAGGACAAAGUGGCAGAAAGGGUGGCAUUGUGGCGUUGUUGUGCCAUUUCGCAGCAGUUGCUCCAAGAGCCAGUUGUUAUGUGCCAUUUGGGUAAAUUGUACAAUAAAAUGGCCUUGAUUGAGUCGUUGCUCGAUCGCAGGUCGUUACCUGCCGAGUUUAAGCACAUUAAAUCGCUGAGAGAUGUUAAGGACCUGCAACUAACCAAAAAUCCCGAAUUCAAGGGCGACGAAGACAAGAAAGAGGGCACAGUGGACCAUCGAGGAUCCCCCUACAUUUGCCCUGUGUUAAAAUUGGAAAUGAGUGGACAAUUCCGGUUUGUGGCCAUCUGGAGUUGUGGCUGCGUAUUCUCCGAAAGAGCCUACAAAGAACUUGCUAUCAAAUUUUGCCACAAGUGCAAUAAAUCUUUUAUUCAUGAAGAUGUUGUUAUACUAAAUCCCUCGUCUGAGGAGGAUCUAGUUUUGAUGCAGACGCGAAUGGCCAUGAGACAAGCAUUGAACAAAAAACUUAAGAAGAUGAAAAUUGAAGUUUCGAGUGAUACAGAAACUGAAACGGCUGGUAAACGUGCCCCCAAGCACAUUAAACCAGCAGCCCCGUGCGCCAUUCCAUUGAAAAAACUGAGAACGGAAACCACUUCGAAUAUUGGGAACGUAAUAUCGUCGGGAAAGGUUACCAAACCAGAGGAAAUUGCCAAAAUGACUUCAGACUACAGCAUUGCCAAGGACGGGAGUGUUUCAGAUGUGUACAAGUCAUUAUUUACGAGUCACAAAUCUGAACAGGAGCAGACUAGGGCUCAUUGGGUUACAUACAACCCAUUUUUUAAUUAACUAAUUGACCAUUUUCGGAACUAUUUGUGUUAAUGACUUGACAUUAUUAAAUGUUUGGUUUCAAGCAGCAAAUGUAAAAUUUCUAAAAUUUUGUAUAUGUAUAGGUAGGAAUAAGAUACAGAAUGGCCAUUGAAAUUAUCUAUAAAAAUUAUACUAUAAUUGUAUUCCA